ACCGUGGCGCGCUCGAGGCAUAACACAGUUGCAGGUGAGACUCGGUGAGACAGUUGACAGGAAACUCUCGGAGACUGGGGGGAGGGAGAAGGUGGACGUAUUUCGUGGCGCGGCAGAGAGUUCAAAGAUCUCCAAAGCCGCUUUCCUCCACCGGACUCCCGACUCGGAGGCGUCGAAACCGAGGAGUAAGGUCGAUCGAUCUGCUAGCCAUGUCUAGGGGAGCAACCACAACCAGGCGGUCCUAAUUCUUAACCUAGCCUAGCCAAGCCUUCCUGUUGCUACUUGAGGGACUCAGUCCUAAUUAGUGUUCCAAAAAUGGUCCUCGCAACGGCGAAGAGAGAGAGAGAGGCCUGAGAUUGGCCUCCCCAACGGCCUUCCUCGAGCUCCGCAGUGCUCAAGCGGCAACGCGCCGCAAUCCGCGCCGCCAUCCGCGCCGCAACGCGCCUCCCCGCCGCCGCACGGCUCCAGUUUCGCUCAUUUGGAUCGGGUCCGACACAUUUUCAAGGCGAUGGAGACUUCAAUUGUGAUCGAAGCAUUCGGAAAGAGUUUCUGCUGUGAUCUUCGGCUGAGCUCCUUGGAUUUGCAGCUCACCGCCUUACAGAGCGUCUUGUCCAUCUUGGAGCACGCCAUCCGAGCAUCAGGUCGAGCGGAAGACCAAAGCUUCCUGCAGCUCCAAGUCGACGAGGUCGAGGAGUUGCGUCAACGACUCUUCGCGGAGUCGAUUCAAGUGGCGGUCCCUGAGUGUGAAGAGGAGCUGUUGGAGAUAGAGGACCUCUUCGAGGAGAAGAAAGCGCUGAGCCCACCGAGUAAAGCGAUGCUGAGCCCGCUGAGUCACAUGAGUGAGGUUGCACCACGUAACUUGCCAGGCAUGACGUUCGAGGAGGAGAUGUUUUUCAGUUGUUCCAGCUCUACUUCUUCCACCUCGAGUUCACCUGAAGUUGACCCCGACGGUUCGACCGCUGCGCCAGCACGACGAGCACGACGACACACUUGGGGAUUCUCCCUGUCUGCCAAGCCGGUGAAAGACA